CAAAGCUUAUGGGACUGGAAUAUUGUCUGUCAAGUGAUCUUCUUGGAUGUUUUCUACCUAUAUCACUACAUCUUACUAAUGACAAAUUGUGUUUGCUUUAUAGCAGGUGAAGAAUUGGUGGACACAUUAAUGCCAUGGCAGAUGCAAUUGCUUUGUCUUCCCACACUGCUAUUACAAUCAAGACAAUCUAUGCACAACUGGAGUACUGGGCAAAGAAACAAUAUUUCUUGGAAACAAUUAUCAUUUUAUCUAUUCCAACAUGCAUCUGGGGAUUAAUUGGGAAUGGAGUUGACUUCUGGCUUCUUUGCUUCACGAUCAAGAAGACUAGGUUCUCAGUUUAUAUUCUCAAUUUGACAGCUGCUGAUCUUAUUGUAAACAUCUACUACAUUAUGGUUUUUACCUCAUUUUUGGCACCGCUUCAUGUCAAUCUCUACUUUUCAUGUGUAAUGGAAAUUAUAUAUUUAUUUGGAUACAACACCAGCAUCUACUUGGUAACAGCUGUCGCUGCUGAAAGGUACCUCACUGUCUUCUUCCCAGUCUGGUAUCAACGUCAUAGGCAAAAGCACCUCUCCAUCAUUGUGUGUGCCAUUUUGUGGCCCUUGUCCUGCCUGGUGUCGCUGGUGGCCUAUAUUUCUUGCUAUCCAAGAUUCCUUUCAUCUCACAACGAAGAGAGAGCAGAUUGCACAGCUGCAACUAUAUUUGAAAUCACAGUAACUUUUCUGGUUUUCCAACCCAUCUUGUUUUUUUCUACCACAGCUCUUUGUAUCAAAAUGCAAAGAGAAGCCAAGCAAAGUGCUCCAGCAAGACUUGAUAUCACCAUCACCAUCUUAGCUGUUGUAUUUCUUAUCUUUGCUUUUACAGUUAGAAUUGUUGAUGCCAUUGCAUAUUGGCACCAAAAACUAGAUGCACCAGUUCCAUUUCUACUUUCUCUGUUGUUUGAUUGCAUCAAGAGCAGUAUCAACCCUUUCAUAUAUCUUGCUGUUGGAUGUUGGACAAGAGAGAAGCCCAUCCAUAAGUUCCUUGAGAGAGCUUUGAGUGACAAAGCAGAGAGAACUCAAGUAGACCAAAAGCAGACCGAGAAGUAUCCAGAGCCUCAGAUGUGAACUGAAAAGUCUUCUAAGUCAAAGAAUAUAGACUGGCAUUUCUGCUUCCUGAAUAAAUAUAUUAUGACUUGUUUA